AUGAGCUUCACCGGCAAGGGUAGACCGACAGUGCCCAUGUCGGGACCUCCCCCGAUCAUCGUUCCGCUUCCCCCUCCACCUUAUCCUAUGGGUAUCAUUGCCGAAUAUACACGCCACACGACACCCAUCACGCUCCGCGUCCGCGAGCUCAAAUGGUCCCACUCUGGCGACGACUUCAAGAUCAAGGAUGCCGUCAUCGGCGCACUGCUCUUCAAAGUCGACGCCAAGGUCUUCUCCCUCUCAAGCAAAAAGAUUCUGCUCGACCACACUGGCAGACAGUUGUUCGAGUUUUGUCAUGUUGGCUUCUUCACAAGCUCCUAUCAAGGCGAAAGCUGUGACCCGUCCAAAAAGCUCCUCUUCACCGUCGACAAGAUCGGCUACUUCAACCCAAAGCUCGAAAUUGUCUUUGACAACCUUGCGGGCGAUGGACGCCGCCAGCGCUGGACUCUGAGAGGACGAUGGCUCUCGGGCGUCGCCCAAAUCACCACCGACUCGGGCUUUAUCGUUGCCAGCAUCUCCAGGGACUACGGCAGCAUGGGCGACAUUUUCUUCGACAAGCAGACAUACGAUGUCACCGUCGCUCCUGGUGUGGAUGCCGCCUUUGUCUCGGCCCUCUGCGUCUGCUUGGACGAGGCGUACCACGACAGACGCGAGCGUUACUGA